AUGGACUUUUUAAACUUUGACUAUGAAGAAGAUGAAGACGAGAAUGCCGAGAUGUCAGAAGGCAGCGUAUCUGUAGAGAUACAGUCUCUCACCGAAGCCACUGACACUGCAGAGGAGAAGCCAAGGGAAGAUAGUCCUGACACAGACCUUGAGAUAGAAGAUCCUGAGCGUUCAUUUGCAACCAUAAAGGGCCCGGAGCUGUACAUAGAGGCUUGCAAACUGGUGGGAGUAGUACCUGUCUCAUAUUUCAUUCGAAACAUGGAAGAGCCCGUCAUGAACCUUAACCAUCAUGGGCUUGGGCCUAAAGGAACCAAAGCUAUUGCCAUUGCCCUAGUUUCAAACACAACCAUCACUCACUUAGAGUUGGAAGAUAACUGGAUUCUGGGUGAAGGGACCACGUACCUAGUGCAGAUGCUGCGUGAGAACUGCUACAUUCAGGAGAUGAAUAUUUCCAAUAAUCACCUCAACGUAGAUGGAGCCGAAGCUAUCUGCAGAAUGUUCUAUCAUAAUACUUCUAAUGUCAGGGCUGUUCAGCUUGCAGGAAACAACUUUAGGGAAGAGUCAGCACAAUAUUUUUCUGAAUCAUUAAUGGUCAAUUAUCGAGUGAUGGAGCUGGACCUCAGUCACAAUGAGUUUUCUGAGAAGGGAGGAGAGCAACUGGGACUGAUGCUGGCAAACAAUGAAGCCCUGGAGGUCCUCAACCUGAGCUGGAAUCAUUUGAGGAUGAAGGGGGCUGUCGCCCUGAGUGCUGGCCUCAGGGCAAAUGGAACAUUGAGGGUACUUAACGUUGCGUGGAAUGGCUUUGGAAAUGAGGGUGCUUUGGCUCUUGGAGAAGCUCUCAAGGUCAACACAUCAUUAAACGAACUGGAUAUCAGCAGCAACCACAUCAACAACGAGGGGACUAUGAGGCUGUGCAAAGGAUUGGAACUUAAUGGAAGUCUUAGAAUCCUGAAGAUGUCUCACAACCCCAUAACAGUAGAAGGUGCAAUUGCUCUGGUCACGGCGGUUAAGAAGAAUUCAAAAUCCAGAAUGGAAGAAAUCAACAUCUCAAAUGUGCUGGUGAAUGACAGCUUUAUCAAACUGCUUGAUUUAGUCUCAGAGGCACAUCCCGAGCUGGAUGUCAUCUAUGGAGGAGUUGGAGGCCACAUUGCAAAGAAACCACUACAGCGUCCAGAUGCGAUGAAGCUGAUUCAAUACUACCUGGAUUCAAACAAGCUGAGACUCUGGGAUUUCUUUAAGAAUAUGGACAAAUAUGGCAACAUGAAGAUCCCUGUGGCAGAGUUUCGGAGAGCUAUGUUGUGGCAAUCAAAGAUCCCCCUGAACCGGGAACAAGUCACAGAACUAGUACGCAAACUGGACCGUGGCAGGACAGGCUACGUGGAUUACAGUCAUUUUAAAGUUGAGGAGCCAGAGCCGAAGCCUGAGGAGGAGGAGGAGGAAGCAGAAGUGUAAUCAGGUCCAGCAGUCAGGUCAGAUGGUGAAAGAUUGAAGGAUAAGUCCU